AUGAAAUCUCCUAGUGAUGCUCAAAGUCUUUUGCAAAGACUCGAGAGACGUAUUCCGUUCUUUGCCUCAGAAGAUUCCGAUUCAGAAAACCUCGAUUUUGAAGGCUCCGAAGAACUCGAUUUCUUGACCGCGAGCAAGAAACGGCAGGUUGUCGCUUGGAAGACUUUGCUGACUAAUCACACCACGGGCAAGUCAAGAACCAAUCAGCAUGUUCGAAUGACCGCACGGAAGUUCGCGUUGAAGGUCAAGGAAGUUGCUGGACCGGUGACGAGCUUUCUUUGCAUACUAGAAUACUCUAUCACAGGGUUACCAAAGAUUGAAUAUUACGGACUUUACCAUGAGCUGAAAGCGUGGUCACGGCGGACGCCCUUCCCAAAGCUGCUCAAGGAGGCGGCCACGAAGUUUUGGGGCUCGUCUAAUCAAGUGAAAUCACUCGGCAAGAAUGGCCCUCCUGGGCCUCCGGAUACGGAAACUGCUCCCUCAAAAGACAUAGAAGCUGAGCUGACAACUCUUUUAACACCCUAUAAAAGUACAGAAAUAGAUCAUGGACUGGCACAUUAUUCUGUGCUAUCACAGCUUGGAAGUUCAACAAUUAUGUUCAACAGAUUCGAAUAUCACCCCGAACAAAGCAGGCCUCUUCAAAUUGCAUUCAACAUACCCCCGGACCUUCUGCAUCACUUUUUCAACAUCCACAAGGACUCAAAACUCUCAGCCAUCCUCACAGUCCCUGCCGAGGACCGGGUCGCGUCACUCGUUUUGUCCAUCCCUAGUACUCAAGCGUUGCAAGAAGGUGAUAAACUCGACUUGCCCGUGAUAUUCUACUCUGACUAUCCCUUUCAAUUUGCAUGA